AUGGUAACUAGCAUGGUAGAAUUAAAGGUCAUAGAUGAGCUCAAGAAGCUCUCUAGUGAUCUUUCCACUGAUCUAAUAGCUAGUACCUCCAAGAUUCCUAGACUACUAAAUUACCAAAUAACUCUAUUAGAAAUAUUCAAACGAGAGAUCAAGAAACUAGACCACCUAGGGACCUGUGAUUAUGAAAUAGCAUACGUAUCUUUCAGGAUUACCAAUAACUUGUAUAAUCACUGUUUAAAGUCAGGUGAACAGAAAGAUUUUGUUGUCCAAAUUAAGAAAACCCUCGAUAAGGAUUUUAUUGCAUUUAAAACUAUUAACGAUUUUCUUGAUCGUGCACCUAAGUCGCCAUCAUCGGUAUCUUCAUUGGAUCCAUUAAUGGCUCGCCUCGCUAGCUUGAAGGCUUCUAAAGGCUCUCAUGAUUUAGCAAAACCAAAUGGAGUUAUCAAUAGUAAACCCCUCGAUAAAUUCAAGUAUAGGGAAAUCAUCACACCUUAUGAACUUGAAGCAUUGAUCAGGUCUCCUAGUCGCCCAAAGAUUCUUUUAAUUGAUUUUAGAACCGCAAAAGAAUUCAACUACAGUCAUAUAAACUAUAGUGAGAUCGUUAAUAUCGAACCUUCUCAUAUAAGUAGCUUGAUAACAGCAAAACACAGAACCUUCGACCAACUCAAUGAUAUGGAUCUCGAAGAAAGACUUAAAAUGCAUCUCACUGAAGAGCAGUUUGAAAGAUUUCAAAAUAGACAUAGAUAUGACUUGGUGAUAAUAUAUAACUUAAGAUAUGGCCCUGGGGGUGGUGGUGUUGAUAGGUUUCAAGCAUUAAAGAACCUGCUUAUCAAUGAUGACAAGAGUGGACUUCCUAGCGCCAAUCCUUUCCAACCACUAAUCGAACUACUUACUUUUAAGAAUAAAUAUUUGAGCUCUCGGCUCAAAUCACAUCCACUUUUCCUAGCAGGUGGUCUUUUUUAUUGGCAUUCUGUAUUUGGAGACUCCUCGCUCAAAAGAAGCUUACCUACUCAAAUCCUUACUAGACCCCAAGCCAGUUUGUCUAAAGGGGGUUCUGAAUCCCCUUCUUCAUCAAGAAGUAGUAGCUUCACUUCAUCAACUAACAGCCACAGAAGAUCCGCUGAUAUAGACUCCAACAGAUCAACUUCUUCACCUUACUUGCGAAAUUUUGGUGACUACUUGUCAACUGCAAAAUCAACUUCAUCUACUCCGGUUUCAAAUACGUUCAUUUCGAGUCAAGACCUGUCGGUACCCAUGAACGUGCAUAACUAUGGAAGACCUUUAUCUCUGGGACCCCAUCACACAGAUACACCACCUCAACAGCAAGCACCUAAGACGCCUAAAAGAUCUAUGAGUAAUGGUUCAUCAUCAGUUCAACGAUCCAGAAGCAACUCCACACUCUCUAUCGAACACAAGCUGCCUUCCACUGUAUCGGCAUCAGCCCCAAAUGCUUCUCAUCAAAAUCCAGUGAAAUUUCUUGAUCAAUAUACUACAGGAUUAACUAACCUUGGAAAUUCAUGUUAUAUGAAUUGCGUUUUACAGUGCCUUGGUGCUACACCACAAUUGACAAGGUUUUUUUUUCCAACGACAAGUUCUUCAGCAACCUCAUCCACAUCUUUACAAUCUUAUCGUCAGCAUAUUAAUCUUAAUAACAAAUUAGGUUCCAAGGGUAUUUUAACAACCAACUUUGUCAGCCUUCUAGGUAACAUGUUUCAGAACUCAGGCAAGUACUUUGCUCCCCAUGAUUUUAAGAAAGUUGUGGGAUCUCUUUCACCUUGUCAACAGUUUGCUUCGUUUGACCAACAGGAUUGCAUUGAAUUUUUAAAUUUCAUUUUAGAUGGCCUACACGAAGAUUUAAAUCAGAUGAUAAUCGACAAUCCUCAAGAGAAAAAGGCCAUAACCGAGUUAACACCUGAACAAGAGAAAACUCGUGAGAUACUACCUGUAAGAUUGGCGCUGACAAUUGAAUGGGAAAGAUAUCUUAAGCUAAAUUUUUCUAUCAUUGUUGAUUACUUUCAGGGACAAUACUUGUCUCAAUUAAGAUGUUUAGAGUGUAACUCGACUUCCACUACAUACAAUGCCUUCUCCAUAUUAUCUUUACCUAUUCCUCAAAAAUUGGGGAACCCUAAUGUACCGGUACUGUUGGAUGAAUGCUUAAAAGAGUUUACUGCAACUGAGUUAUUAGACGAUAAUAACAAAUGGCAUUGUUCUAGCUGUAAAAAAUUUACCAAGCUGACCAAAAAGAUCACAAUUACUAGAUUACCAGAAGUUCUUAUUAUUCAUUUUAAGAGGUUUAAAAUGAUUCCGAGUGGGUAUAUCAAUAAAAUGGAUACUUUUGUUACCUAUCCAGUUAAUGAUGUUCUCGAUUUAACUUCCUAUUGGCCCGAAGUUGGGACAACGAUUAACUCUACACUGGGGCAAAGUAUGACUAAGGAAAAGGAACAACUCAUAUUAUCUACGUUACCUACUAGAAAUCAGCAACCGCCUUUCAGGUAUAAAUUGUAUGGUGUUGCCAAUCAUUUUGGAAAUUUAUCAACAGGACAUUAUACCUCUUAUGUUCAUAAAGCCAAUGAUUCAAAAAAGACAAGAAAUUGGUGUUACUUUGAUGAUGCUAAAGUGACUUAUAAUGUCAAAGAAAGUCAAGUUUUAAAUAAAAAUGCUUAUUGCUUAUUCUAUCAACGUGUAUGA